AAAACAGAGCAGACGCAGAUAAAAUGGGCUACAAUGUUCUUCUUUUUGUUCCAAAUGUUAUAGGUUAUUUUCGACUGUGUUUAUUUGGAGCCAGUCUUCCUUUUUUUUCUCAGCCUGGAUGUUUUUUAGCUCUGUAUGGAACUUCUGUUGCCCUUGAUGGAUUUGAUGGAUAUUUUGCAAGGAAGCUCAAUCAGACAUCAAGAUUUGGAGCAUGGUUUGAUAUUGUCAUUGAUUUAAUCAGCAGAGGAGGACUGUGGUGUCUGCUUUACAAGUAUGGGUAUUUUAUGAUAAUUGUGGAAUGGCUAACAUUUACUGCAACCCACACUCGAGGAGCUAACUGGAAAAUCCCAGAUGAAGAAUUUCCUUAUCUCUGCAAAUUAGUAAUGGCAAAAGGUUUUAAAACUCCUUUAGGAUUUAUAGCUAUAUCUGGUGUACAUGGGUUACCUAUAGCUUUAUACUGCCAGCAGUCGGACUUCCUACAGCUGUUCCCGAUAAUGACUCCCACUGUUUUAUACACUGUCAUUGUCUUCCUUAUUCUCGGAAGAAUCAUAGCAUUUAGGGUAGAGAUCUUUUAUAUACAGAGUCAUAUAAAAGGUUUACUUUUGGAGGAAGAAAAUUCCUAGUAAAAGAUAUAAAAGAAUACAAGUUGUUUUG